GAAUUUCGAUCGGACGAUGACUCAUCUCCUUCGUCUCUCUUCGCAUAAUCUUCCAUCUUCUUCAAUCGCCGCCUAAUUGCAAAUCCGAAUCGUUAAAACGCUUCUCCUCUUAAUCUUCCCCCAUUGGUUUCGUUUCUUCGCUCGAUGUUUUUGUAUGAUUGGGAGAUUUGGUGAAGAACUAGACGCAGCUUAGAGGAUAUUUGGGAAACAAUGUCAACUAAGGGAGAACAUCAUACAGUUCCACUUUCGGUGUUGCUUAAGCGUGAAUCAGCUAAUGAAAAGAUAGACAAUCCUGAACUUAUACACGGACAGGCUAAUCAGAGCAAGAAAGGAGAGGAUUUUACUCUUCUUUUUGAUGGACACAAUGGUUCUGCAGCAGCUAUCUACACUAAGGAGAACCUCUUGAACAAUGUAUUAGCUGCAAUACCCUCUGAUCUUAACAGAGAUGAGUGGGUUGCGGCACUUCCUAGGGCUUUGGUUGCAGGAUUUGUGAAAACUGAUAAAGAUUUCCAGGAAAGAGCAAGGACGUCUGGAACGACUGUAACUUUUGUCAUAGUAGAAGGAUGGGUGGUGAGUGUUGCAUCUGUAGGUGACUCUCGUUGCAUACUUGAACCUGCUGAGGGCGGUGUGUAUUAUUUGUCUGCUGAUCAUCGGCUUGAAAUAAACGAAGAAGAGCGAGAUCGAGUCACUGCAAGUGGUGGUGAAGUUGGUCGGUUAAAUACUGGUGGUGGUACUGAGAUUGGUCCUCUGAGAUGUUGGCCUGGUGGUCUGUGUCUCUCAAGAUCCAUUGGAGAUCUGGAUGUUGGCGAAUACAUUGUUCCAGUUCCUUAUGUAAAGCAAGUCAAGUUGUCUUCAGCUGGUGGUCGCCUUAUCAUCUCAAGUGACGGCGUGUGGGAUGCAAUAUCUGCUGAGGAGGCUCUUGAUUGUUGCCGGGGUUUGCCACCUGAAUCUUCCGCAGAGCAUAUCGUUAAAGAAGCUGUGGGUAAAAAAGGUCUUCGUGAUGAUACAACCUGUAUUGUUGUUGAUAUAUUGCCACUAGAAAAACCGGCUGCUUCCGUGCCACCUCCAAAAAAGCAAGGAAAAGGAAUGCUAAAGUCCAUGUUCAAAAGAAAAACAUCUGACUCCUCUUCUAAUAUCGAGAAAGAGUAUGCAGAACCUGAUGUAGUUGAAGAACUGUUUGAAGAGGGCUCUGCUAUGCUUUCAGAGAGAUUAGAUACAAAGUACCCGCUUUGCAAUAUGUUUAAGUUGUUUAUGUGUGCUGUGUGUCAAGUAGAAGUGAAACCUGGAGAAGGUGUGUCGAUCCAUGCUGGGUCAGAUAAUUGCCGUAAGCUUCGUCCCUGGGAUGGUCCAUUCCUUUGCGCAAGUUGCCAAGAUAAGAAAGACGCAAUGGAAGGGAAAAGAUCAUCGGGAGAUAGACAUAGUAGUGAAAGCGACUAGCCAGCAAUCUGCAAUUUAUUGGCACAGCAACUAACAAAACAGUAUUGUGAGU